UUGCACGCACCUUGUUCACAUGAGCAUCUUGGACACCUAAAAAUUUCAGAUUUUUUAAUUUUAUUCUACUAUUGUUUUUUAAUUUACUGUUCAGGUAUGAAACACAUGUUUGUAUUUUUUUUCAAAAAAUUUGUAUGAGCAUUUGUUUUAUUUUUUGUGAAGGCCAUGUUCUUCGCAAAAAAAGAAAUUACCAAGUGUGUUGUAAAAGCACUCAGAGUCGUAUUUUUUAUAUGUUUAAAUAAAUAUUUUGUUUUGUUGUAGCAAAUAAAUUAUCUCACACUGGCAAAUAAACAAUAGGAGAGAUCUCAAUCGAGCAUUUGACAAAGAGAAAAGUACAAACAAGGAUGAAUCUAUAAGUAGAUGCUGCAAUAUAGAGGCCCCGAGGAAAAACUUCAGAAUUCAGGAAAUAAGAAAUGAGCUAUCAGACAGACAGACCUCCUGUCAGUUGCUCAAGUCAAAUUAAGAAAAAGAAAUGAGAUAUGCCACCCAAAAACAAGUAGUCUCUAUGAAGUACGUCCUAUAUAAUUAAGAGGAAUAAAAUAAAACGAAUUGAGCCCAGCGUCAAUACCCAGAUCCUGAAUUAGUAGGGUGGCUCGAAGAACUUGUCCACUGGUGCGAGCCCAGCGUCCCUCCAGCAUCUUUGACGCGUCCACUAUUCUGCUGAGAGCUUGGGCAGAGCUGCAUCCUGUUCCUGUGUUAUUAAAGAUCCUUCCGUUCAUCUUUCUCCAAAGCACCCAGAUGACUUGAAGUCUGGUGGCCUCCCAAGUUCUUCACUCAGGAGGUGGCGUAGCAUCUUCAAUUGUCAUUGGAGUCAUAUAUAUAAUUCUUGUUCGUAGCUUUUGGAACCGAAACGAAGGCACACGGAAAGUGCGAAAGGCCAGUGCCGGACAAUAAAAUGGGAGAAGCAGGUCUUAUCACUGUACUUUCUUUGAUUUUGACGUGCUAACAGAAGGUCUUAUCACAAUGAGAGGGUAGUUUCUCUGGGGCUACAUGGUAUUGUAAGCGAAAGGGAUUCUAACUGGUGAAGCUUCAGCGGCAAACAUAAACAGUGUUGUUUCUUCUAUUCACUGACUGUUGGCCCACGUAUCACUAACUGCUGAGAGAUAUCUAUGUCAGCAUGUUUGUUGGCGAGUAAUUCUAUAACAUGAAUGGGCUGUCAGUUGUGUAUAUUUUGGUGGUACAGCCUACGCUACUUGCACAUAAUGUAUAGAUUAAUUUGGCUGCUUGCACACAUUUUAUUGAUUAAUGAGCUAUCGAGAGUGGUUACAGUUUAGUUUUUCAGAGAGUCCAACUCAGCGGAACUUAAUUAUACAGGAUUAGAUCGGGGGUUAUCUUCCUGACCUGCUACUUUUGAAGACUUCUGCGUCUCAUUUGCAAUAGCAUCUCCACGAACCUUGCACCCGCCCUCAUUCAUUUGCAAUAGCAUCUCCACAUUCCAUCACCCGUGUAAGCUUCAAGACCAUUCCUUUGAUGUUUUCACUAGUUACUUUUGCAUAAUGAGCUACCGAGAGUAUUAGUACAAUUUAGUUUUUCAGAGACUCCAACUCAGCUGAACUUAAUCAUACAGGAUCAGACCUGGGGUUAUCUUGCUGACCUGCUCUUUGAAGACUUAUGCAUCUCAUUUUCAAUAGCACAACACUAGCUCGAACCUGCAUCUCCGGCAACUUGCAUCUGCCUUCCUCGACACGCCGUGCUCUGACAACUCUGCUUCUGCUUCCGAGCUCCAUUAUCUGUGUAAGCUUCUGGAUCAUGCCUCUGAUGUUUUUACUUGUUAGUUUUUUUUUCCUCUGUUUUCCUCUAGAUAUACUUCUGUUGGCACAAAAGGAUGACCAAAAAAAUUCUACCAUUUCUGGCCUUGCUCCUUUUCUCCCUUUCAGCAGUUGGCUAAUUUAUCUCGUUGUUUCCCAUUUUUACAGGUUUUUCAUCCACUGCUGCCUUCACCACCAGUUUGGCCCUCAAGAAGCACUUCUAUUGCUCGAUUUCAUUUCCUCAGCUCAUUCCAAUAUACCCAAAAGAACAAAAAACAUUCCACUUCUAUUGCUCGUUUUUCAUUUCCUCAGAUCGCUCCGUUGCACCCAAAAGAAAGAUCUAAAGUAGGAACAAAAUCUGUUUACGGAGUUCUUUUUUACCUGUUUCCAUCGUUUGGCAGUUAAACUCUUCGAAAGUUUCCUCCAUUUCGUGUCUUUGCACCACACCUUAGAUCCCUGCCUUCCAAAUAUUGGCUGAAAAAAUCCCAAAAAAGGAAAGAAAAAGAAAUCCGUCUCUGGAGUUCUUUUACCUGUUUCCCAUUGUUAGAUAGUUCAAAUCUUCCGAAGUUUCCUCCAUUUUGUGUCUUAUACACUACACCUAAGAUCUGUGCAUUGUCAAAAUUAGCCCCAAAACAUCCCAAACAAACUGCAACUCCAUGGCGGCGGUGGUGCUGGCAGCUGGCUUAAAAAUGGUGGCAUCGCCGAUCCUGAAGAAACUCCUCGCUGAUACUUCGACGUACCUUGGGGUCGACAUGGCGAGUGAGCUCCAUGACCUUGAGACCACCAUCAUGCCACAGUUCGAGCUGAUGACUGAAGCAGCUGACAAGGUCAAUCACAGGACUAAGCUGAACAACUGGAUCCAAGACCUCAAACAAGCCUUCCUCAAGGCAGAAGACUUGCUGGAUGAUCAUGAGUACAACCUCCUUGAGCGCAAAGCAAAGAGCGGGAAGGAUCCCUUGCCACCGCAUACCUCCACCAGAAGCACUAUUCUGAAGCCUCUGCAUGCUGUGUCCAACCGGUUGUCCAAUCUGCGCUCCAACAACAGGAAGCUAAUUCGCCAGCUGAAUGAACUGAAGGCCAUUCUGGUGAAAGGCAAGGGAUUACAUGAUCUUCUUUGCUUACCAGCUGGUAACGCUGCAGAUGGACUUGUUGUAAAAGCAGCAGUUAUUCCUCAGGUCACAUCAUUACCACCUCCAAAAGUAAUAGGCCGUGACAAGGAUCGCGACAAUACAAUAGACCUUCUUACCAAGCCGGUUGGUAUUGAGUCUAAUUCAGCUACAUAUUCGGGUUUGGCUAUUGUUGGAGCAGGAGGCAUGGGAAAAUCCACCUUGGCGCAACAUGUUUACAAUGACGAGAGGGUAAAAGAACAUUUUGAUGUCAGGAUGUGGGUGUGCAUCUCACGCAGACUUGAUGUCGAACGUCAUACACGGGAGAUUAUUGAGUCUGUGGUGGAGGGCGAAUGCCCACGUGUUGGUAAUCUUGAUCCUCUCCAGUGCAAAUUAAGGGGCUUACUACAAAACUCAAAGAAAUUCCUGCUUGUAUUGGAUGAUGUUUGGUUUGAAGAAUCUGGCAAUGAGAUGGAAUGGGAGCAACUCCUACGUCCAUUAGUUUCUGAGCAGACUGGAAUCAAAGUUUUGGUGACUUCUCGAUCCAAUAUACUUCCAGCUUCUCUUUACUGUACCAAGAUUGUUCCUUUGGAAAACAUGGAAGAUGCUGAGUUCUUGACACUCUUCAAAAACCAUGCCUUUUCUGGAGAAGAAAUCAGAGAUCUUAGCCGGCGUAAGAAACUAGAAGAGAUUGCAGAGAAGCUUGCUAACAGAUUGGGACGAUCUCCUUUGGCAGCAAUAACUGUGGGUUCGCAGUUGAGUAGGAAAAAGGAUAUCACUCCAUGGAAAGAUGCUCUAAAGGUGGACAACUUAAGUGAUCCCACGAGAGCUCUGUUGUGGAGUUACGAUAAGUUAGACCCACGUCUGCAGAGAUGCUUUCUGUAUUGCAGCUUAUUUCCAAAAGGUCAUAGCUAUAACAUCAGGGAGUUGGUUCACCUGUGGAUGGCAGAGGGAUUUGUUGAUUCGGGCAACGAGAACAAAAGAGUGGAAGAUAUUGGAAGGGGUUGCUUCAGUGAGAUGGUCUCAGUUUCAUUCUUUCAACCAGUUCAUGAGAGAUUUCAUACAUACUAUGUUAUGCAUGAUCUUAUUCAUGAUUUGGCAGAGUCACUCUCUAAAGAGCACUGCUUCAGAUUAGAAGAUGAUACGAUGGCGGAAAUACCAUGCACUAUUCGACACUUAUCAGUUCGUGUUGGGAGUAUGAUACAUCAUAAGCAAAGCAUUUGCAAGCUACAUCAUUUACGUACUAUUAUCUGCAUUGACCCAGUUAUAGAUGAUGUUAGUGAUGUUUUUAAUCAGAUACUGCAGAAUUCAAAGUUGCGUGUACUAUAUUUGGCAGCCUACAACAGUACCAAGUUGCCAGAAUCAAUUGGUGAGCUGAAGCAUCUUAGGUACUUGAACAUCAUCAACACGUGGAUUUCUGAAGUGCCAAGAUCAUUGUGCACUCUUUACCACUUACAGUUCCUGAAGUUCAGUUACAAAGUUGAGAGUCUGCCUGACAAAAUCUGCAACUUAAGUAAGUUGUGGUAUCUGGAAGGGCACAAGCGUUCUAUUCAUCAUCCAUACAACAAUGCUCUGCCUCAAAUCCCUAACAUAGGAAAGCUAACUUCGCUCCAACAACUUAAUAAUUUUUCUGUUCAAAAGCAGAAGGGAUAUGAGUUGUGGCAGUUGAGGGACAUGAACGAGCUUGGUGGCCUCUUAAAUGUUACGAAUCUUGAAAAUGCCACUGCAAAGGGUGAAGCUUUAGAGUCGAACCUGCACCGGAAAACCCAUCUUGAAAGCUUGCACCUUGACUGGAGUUAUAUGGAUGGCAUAAAUAUAGAGGGCAGUUUGCACUUGGAGAUUCUGGAAAGCCUGAUGCCACCUCCUCAACUUAGGGGCCUCACAAUCGAAGGUUACAGAUCUGCGAAAUAUCCAGGUUGGUUUCUUGAGGAUUCAUAUUUUGAGAAUUUGGAAAAGGUUAGGCUUGUUAAUUGCACUGUGUUAGACGGCCUACCAACCAAUGCCAAACUCUUUGGGAACUGCUGCUCACUUAGCUUCGAGAAUGUACCAAACCUGAAGACAUUACCUGCUCUUCCAGCAGGUCUUAAGGAGUUAUCAAUUGAUAACUGCCCACUGCUUAUAUUUGUUUCCAACGAUGAACCAGAACAGCAUGAUCAAGGCAAGAACAUCAUGAGGACAGACCAAUUGGUAUCAAACCUUUCUUUGGUAGUCUCAGUUGAGGAUUCCAUAUAUGAAACAAAGGAUGUAAUAUCAUCAGAAUAUACAUCUCUCAAGCAAUUGAUGGCAUCGACGAAUGCGGAUAUGUCACACGUUGAAAACCUUAGAAGUGCUCUUGAAAGAGAGGAAUUUGUGAUAGAGGAUAGAAUCAAUGCAUGGAAAUGUUGCCACGAGGAAAGGAUGAGACUCAUUUACGCAAGGAGCAUCGGGAUGCCUCUGGUUCCACCAUCAGAACUUGUCCAACUUCAUCUUUCGUCAUGCAGUAUUACAGAUGAGGCUUUAGCUGUUUGCCUUAAUGGUCUCACUUCACUGACACGUUUGCUCUUAACUAGGAUCAUGACUUUGACUACCCUUCCGUCCAAAGAGGUCCUCCAACAUUUGACAAAGCUUGACUUCCUGUUCAUCAAGGCUUGCUGGUGCCUCGGGUCAUUAGGGGGCUUACGAGCUGUUACCUCCCUUUUGGAGGUUAGAUUGAUUUCCUGCCCUUCUCUAGACUUGUCAGGUGGAGUAGAUGAAAUGCCAUCAUCUCUUGAGAGGCUCUGCAUAUUCUCAUGUGUGGUUGCAGAUAAUUUCUUCAGUACUGACCUGUCGCACCUGAUAUCGCUUUACAUGUAUGGCUGCAGAAGCUCUGCAUCCUUGUCGAUUGGCCAUCUGACCUCCCUUGUAUCAUUAAGGCUACUAGAUCUCCCGGAUCUGUGCUUUAUUGAUGGACUGUCUUCCCUGCAACUUCGCGGCGUAGGUUUGAAUGAUGUCCCGAAGCUCAACACGAAGUGCAUCUCACAGUUGCGGGUGCAGGAAUCACUCUCUGUUAGUAGCCCUGUGAUGCUCAACCACAUGCUCUCGGCUAAAGGUUUCAAAGUUCCAGAAACUCUCUCUCUCGAGGGAUGCAAGGAGCAGUCCGUUUCACUCGAAGAACCUGCAAAUUUCUCAUCCAUACGGUGCUUGAGAUUAGCUAACUGCGAAAGGAGGUCCCUGUCACUGCCAGGAAAACUGAUGUGCCUGUCCAGUCUGACACGACUUGAUUUCUACAACUGCCCCAACAUAUCAUCUUUACCUGAUCUGCCAUCCUCCCUCCAACAUAUACGUGUUUGGGAUUGUGAGCGCUUGAAAGAGAGCUGCCAUGCACCUGAUGGAGAAAGCUGGCCGAAGAUUGCGAAUAUCCGCUGGAAGGAAUUCAGAUGAACUGUGAUUUCAGAUUCACAACUACAAAGAAAUUGAAAAGGCUGGGAGUAACGAAGCUUUGUUUUCCAAUAUAAAAAAGAAGUCUCAAGAUCGGUCCCCUCCAGUAACCUCAUCUUCAAUGCCUCUCAGGAGUUUAGUGUUGGACUGCCUCAAGCUCACUUACACCUCAACUCUGUCCGCACUAUCGCUGGUGGCGACCCCUUGGCCCCUUUCUUCCUUGAUUGCUGUGUCCAACAUUCUUUCACUCUUGACAGCCCCAUUACUGUGCUGAGACACGGUAGUCUAAAUGUGAAGCUGGUUCUAUGUUACUAUUGUAUUUUGUUACUCCCUCUGUUCACUUUUAUAAGGCUUUGAACACAUUUCAGACAAGGUGCAAAGUAGCUCAUUUUUAGUUGUCUGAAACGACUUAUAAAAGUGAACGGAGGGAGUAUCCUGUCAUGGAGUGUUACUUCUCAUUUUGAUUGGUGCUGAUCAUAAAUAUUAUUUCUUGUGUGCUGAGAUUACUACUCCGAUAUCUCACGACCUCUGGAGGGCUAAGCUGCACAAUUCUGUACAAUAUUGUAGAUGAACUUCUGCAUUAUGUUUGGAGUUUGCUGAAGGUCUGAUGUUUGGAGCCUGGACAUCCAGAGCUCAAAUCCGAAUACACUACAAGCAGUUAUAAGGCCUCACAGCAGGCCUUAACUUCUCAUCAAGUUAUAGCAGUCACCAUGUGAAUCAUUUGAUUUUGUGGCCAUUCUGGAGACAGGGAGAAGCAACUACAAUCAUUCCGACCUGAAUCACUUGAGUGUAGGCCGUGACUUUGUGUGCCAUUAUUUCCCUCUAGAGGUCGUCUCUGGGUGUGAUCUUGUUUGGGGACGAUGGUGACUGCUAAAAUUCCGUAGAACUAAGUGUAAGUGAUUAUUUUUAGAGAUGUUGGCCAGGGUGCACUAGCUAUUAAUCUUGGCAGCAUGUGUUCUGGGAUAAAUUUAACCACAAGGGUCCAAGACUCCAAGGUGCACAAGCAAAUCCAGUAGAAAACCACACCACAGUGGAAAAUGUCUAACUCUGAAGUCUGAACUAGAUCGGCUAGAUGGGUGCGGUUCAGUACCAGUUU